GAAACAGGGUGAGAGUGGGAGAGUAAGAGAGAGAGAGAGAGAGAGAGAGAAAGAGAGAGAGGAGGGGGAGGGGAAUGCUCCGGUGCGGUUGAGAGGCAGGAGGCGGCGGCAACGGCAGCAUCAGCAGCAGCUCCUUUUUUGCGGCGUGCUGCCUGGGACCGGCCACCUCGCAAGGCGCUCCCUCCCAGGGGCUUAGCGCCGCCAUUGCACCUGCAGGAACUGGUGCAGGCACUGGCCCAAGGACUGGCACGAGGACACUGAGGCAUACGGGCACAGCGGCACCAUGGCGCAAGCCGCCAAGCAGAUCCGCAAGAACAAGGACCUAGCCGAGGCCGCGGCCCAGGAGCAGAGGGAGAAAGAGGAGGAGAAGAUCAAGAAGAGGAACCGCUCGAGGGACCGCAGGCGCAAGGCGGAUGCAGCGACCAGUUUUCUGCGUGCAGCGCGCUCAGGUAAUCUGGACAAGGCCCUGGAUCACAUCAAAAAUGGGAUAGACAUCAAUACAGCCAAUCAGAAUGGACUUAAUGGGUUACACUUGGCUUCGAAAGAAGGUCAUGUUAAGAUGGUGCUGGAGCUGUUGCACAAUGGGAUUGACCUAGAGGGCACCACAAAGAAAGGGAAUACUGCACUACAUAUUGCUGCACUGGCUGGCCAAGAAAAGGUUGUUGCUGAGCUAGUCCACUAUGGUGCCAAUGUCAAUGCCCAAUCUCAGAAAGGUUUCAGUCCCUUAUACAUGGCAGCCCAGGAAAACCACUUGGAGGUAGUAAAGUUUUUGUUAGAGAACGGAGCCAAUCAGAGCCUCCCUACUGAGGAUGGCUUCACUCCGCUGGCUGUGGCUUUGCAGCAAGGUCAUGAGAAUGUGGUGGCUCUUCUCAUUAACUACGGCACUAAGGGAAAAGUGCGCCUGCCCGCUCUCCACAUCGCCGCCCGCAACGACGACACACGCACUGCAGCUGUGCUGCUACAGAAUGACCCCAAUCCAGACGUUCUUAGCAAGACUGGCUUUACUCCACUUCACAUCGCAGCACAUUAUGAGAAUCUGAGUGUUGCACAGCUGCUGUUAAACAGGGGAGCCAAUGUGAACUUCACACCAAAGAAUGGCAUCACACCAUUGCAUAUAGCUGCCCGCAGGGGAAACGUGAUUAUGGUUCGACUACUCUUGGACAGAGGAGCACAGAUUGAUGCCAGGACGAAGGAUGAGCUGACCCCGCUGCACUGUGCCGCCAGGAACGGCCAUGUGCGGGUCAUCGAGAUCCUCCUGGACCAGGGAGCACCCAUCCAGGCCAAAACUAAGAACGGCUUGUCUCCCAUCCACAUGGCAGCACAAGGUGAUCACAUGGAUUGCGUCCGCCAGCUUCUGCAAUACAACGCUGAGAUUGAUGACAUCACUCUGGACCAUCUGACGCCGUUGCACGUAGCAGCGCACUGUGGUCACCACCGCAUGGCCAAGGUGCUGCUGGACAAGGGGGCCAAGGCCAAUGCUCGAGCUCUGAAUGGCUUCACACCUCUGCACAUUGCCUGCAAGAAGAACCACAUGCGCUCCAUGGACCUACUGCUGAAGCACUCAGCAUCUCUGGAGGCAGUGACUGAGUCUGGACUAACUCCACUCCACGUGGCUGCAUUUAUGGGGCACCUCAACAUAGUAAAGUGUCUCCUGCAGAGAGGAGCCUCGCCAAAUGCAUCUAAUGUGAAGGUGGAGACUCCAUUGCACAUGGCUGCUCGGGCAGGGCACUGUGAGGUGGCUCAGUUCCUGCUGCAAAACUCAGCCCAGGUGGACGCUAAAGCUAAGGAUGAUCAGACGCCGCUGCACUGUGCAGCUCGAAUGGGACAUAAAGAGCUAGUCAAGCUGCUGUUAGAACAUAAGGCCAAUCCUGACUCGGCUACUACAGCUGGCCACACCCCUCUGCACAUUGCUGCCCGCGAGGGACACGCCCACACAGCACGCAUCCUCUUAGACGGCAAUGCCCAGCAAAUCAAAAUGACUAAGAAAGGCUUCACUCCUCUCCAUGUGGCAUGUAAAUAUGGAAAAGUUGAUGUGGCAGAACUGCUUCUGGACAGAGGAGCAAACCCAAAUGCACCAGGAAAGAAUGGAUUAACACCUCUACAUGUAGCUGUCCAUCACAACAACCUAGAUGUGGUCAAGCUGCUGGUCAGCAAGGGCGGAUCUCCACACAGCACAGCUAGAAACGGUUACACGCCUCUGCACAUUGCUGCUAAGCAGAAUCAGCUGGAGGUGGCCAGCAGUCUGCUACAGUCCGGAGCCAAUGCCAAUUCAGAGUCCCUGCAAGGCAUCACGCCACUCCACCUGGCCGCUCAGGAGGGACGACCCGACAUGGUGGCCUUGCUCAUCUCCAAACAGGCCAAUGUCAACCUCGGCAACAAGAGCGGUCUGACGCCACUGCACCUGGUGGCUCAGGAGGGUCAUGUAGGCAUUGCAGACAUGCUGGUGAAGCAGGGUGCCUCAGUCUAUGCAGCUUCAAGGAUGGGAUACACACCUUUACAUGUAGCAUGUCACUAUGGCAACAUAAAGAUGGUGAAGUUCCUUCUACAGCAACAAGCACACGUUAACAGCAAGACCAGAGUGGGCUAUACACCACUCCAUCAGGCGGCCCAGCAAGGUCAUACAGACAUUGUCACUCUCCUCCUGAAACAUGGAGCCCUGCCCAAUGAGAUCACAACUAACGGAACGUCACCCCUGGGCAUCGCUAAGCGGCUGGGCUAUAUCUCUGUCAUUGAUGUACUCAAACUGGUGACUGAGGAAUCUGUGUCUGUAAUCACCACUGAUAAGCAUCGCAUGAGUUUCCCAGAGACGGUGGAUGAGAUCUUGGAUGUCUCAGAGGAUGAGGGAGCUGCACAGCUAACAUUAGGUGACGAGCUGUUGGGAAUGGAUGGCGCUCGCUACCUGAAGCUGGAUGACUUGAAAGAUCAAGAUGACGACUUUCUUUCACCAAAGAAAUCCCUACGGGAGUUUGAGAGUGGGAUGGGCACAACACCCUACUCACCUGCUAUUCCCCGAAUUCCAUGUGUAUCUCCAGAAACUGUCAUGCUUGACCAGCACACUCCUAUCCCUUUGCCCAAGGAGUAUGAUGAGGACUCUCUAAUCCCUAGUAGUCCUGCAACAGAAACCUCAGACAACGUUAGCCCAGUGGCCAGCCCCAUCCACACUGGGUUUCUGGUGAGUUUUAUGGUAGAUGCAAGAGGUGGGUCUAUGCGUGGCAGCAGACACAAUGGCCUUCGUGUGAUCAUACCCCCUCGUACCUGUGCUGCCCCAACCCGUAUCACCUGCCGUCUGGUUAAACCACAAAAACUUACAACCCCUCCUCCCCUGGUGGAGGGAGAAGGUCUUGCCUCCCGCAUCAUCUCCUUGGGGCCCUCCAGUAUGCAGUUCCUGGGGCCAGUGAUCGUGGAGAUCCCUCAUUUUGCUUCACUGGGAAGGGGUGAUCGAGAGCUUGUGGUGCUGCGCAGUGAGAAUGGUUCGGUCUGGAAAGAGCAUCGUAGCCGCUAUGGUGACGACGUCCUGGAGACUAUUCUGAAUGGCAUGGAUGAAGAUCUGGAAAGUCAGGAGGAGCUGGAGAAGAAGAGGAUCCGCCGAAUCAUCUCCACCGACUUCCCCCUUUACUUUGCGGUGGUGUCACGUGUCCAGCAAGAGAGUGAUUUAAUCGGUCCAGAGGGGGGUCAGCUGAGCAGUAAGCUGGUGCCCCAGGUUCAGGCCAUCUUUCCUGAGACGGCAGUCACCAAACGAGUACGGCUAGGCCUGCAGGCCCAGCCCAUCCCAGACGAGUUGCUGACUCGGCACUUAGGUAACCAGGCCACGUUCAGCCCCGUGGUGACGGUGGAGCCACGCAGACGCAAGUUCCAUCGGCCCAUCGGCCUGCGCGUCCCCCUGCCCCCCUCCUGGAGGGAGAGUCCACGCGAUGCUGGUGAAGGGGACACCACCAGCCUGCGCCUCCUCUGCAGCGUCAUUGGUGGUACUGCCCCAGCUCAGUGGGAGGACAUCACUGGCACCACCAAGCUCAUGUACUCCAACAAUUGUGCCAACUUUACGACCAAUGUUUCAGCAAGGUUCUGGCUGGCCGACUGUCCUCGGACGGCAGAGGCUGUGACUUUUGCCAACCUGCUGUACCGAGAGCUGACGGCCGUGCCCUACAUGGCCAAGUUUGUGGUGUUUGCCAAAAUGAAUGAGGCACGCGAGGGCCGCCUGCGCUGCUACUGCAUGACCGACGACAAAAUGGACAAAACCCUGGAGCUGCACGAGAACUUCACUGAGGUGGCACGAAGCCGGGACAUAGAGGUAAUGGAGGGGAUGCCGCUGCACUUGGAAUGCUCCGGAAACCUCGUGCCAGUGAGGAAGGCCACACAGCAGCCUCGCACAUUCAGCUUUCAGGCCUUCAGAGACAACAGACUGCCCGUCUCGGUGAAGGUGAGAGACAGCAACAAGGAAUCUACAGGGUUCCUGUCUUUCCUCCGAAAGUCCACCAAAUAUGAGGAUUCACAGCAUGUGCUGUGUAACCUCAACAUCACCAUGCCUCCUUGUGUUAAGGUGUCAGGUGGUGAAGAUCGCAGACGGACUCUGACGCCACUGGCCCUGAGGGAGAGGUACAGCGCCCUGAGCGAGUCGGGCCUGGCUGCUGUGAAUGCCAUGGAAAGAACAGAGCUGAAGAUCACACUGAUCUCUGAGCAGCUGGGAUUAAGCUGGACUGAACUGGCCAGAGAGCUGCAGUUCAGUGUUGAUGACAUUAACAGAAUACGAGUAGAGAAUCCCAACUCCCUCCUGGACCAGAGUUCGGCUCUGCUCAACCUGUGGGCCAUCCGAGAGGGCAAGAGAGCCCAGAUAGUGGAAAAUCUGUAUGGAGCGCUGAGGAACAUCGACCGGUCGGACAUUGUGAAGUCCCUGGAGGAUCCGGUGCCGCAGGCAAUCCCUGAGGCGGGAGAGGAGGGAGCCUGCAGGCUGGCCGAGCGUGACUCCACCCUGCUGUCUCCCAGUGUCGUUAAUGGUUAUGGGCUGGCGCAGGAGGAGCUGAUGUCUCCGGCCUCAGUGCAGUACAGCCUGCCCUCUCCGCUCGGGCCUGAGCCCUACUGGCAGGAGGUGUCGAGUCUGGAAUGCGCGCCGAUUGCCACCACUGAGGAGGACACCAUGAUGGAGAUGUCGGAUGUGCAGGUGUGGCCAGCAGGCAUCAGCCCGUCCCUGGUGACGGUGGAAGACUCGUCUGUAGAGGGCAGCAGCCGAGCGGACGACUCAGAGCCUAACACUCUCAGUCUACCUUGUAGCAGCAGUCUGGGGCGACCCAGCAGUGGUGCUAGUGGGGCCAGCGGCUCCAUCAUGGAGCUAGAGGAAGAGGAGGAGGAGGAGGAGGUGGAUGAAGAGGACAUGCCACAUGAACUGGACAAGGAGAGGGUCCAUGCCAGUGGUGCCAUCCCCAAAGCCAACCACAAUGGGCAAGCUGGAGGUCAGAGGUCGGAGAGCAGGAGGGCGGAGGUGGUGGCUGGCAGCAGCAUGGCAGGAGGAGCUAGAGGAGGAGGAGGAAUAGGAGGUGGAGGGAUUGGAUUAGGUGCAAGCUCAGGGGAAAAGUUUUCUGUUCUUACAGGGCAACAGAUCUACGCCCAGCUGCGUGAGAAAACCGGCCUCUCUCGAGCACUCGAGCACAACGGAGACAGGUUAAGUAGCGGUGCAUUUCAGCCCUUCCUCCAGGAGAAGACCAUGGAGGGUGUGAUUGAGCAGAGCCAGGCCCGUGUAGCCCAAGAAGCCUUGCUCACCCCGGUACGUGACACAGGCCAGUCAGAGCUCCUGCGUGGGAGAUUUAUGGGCACUCAACCCUUUGAGAAGGGGCUCGGCUUCUCCCAUCAGGAUGCACACAAGGCACAGAGAGAUGAGGCAGUUGAUUUCAGCAGUGAGCGUCUGAGUGAGGAGCAGUUCACUGAUGAACACGGAAAUGUGGUCACCAAGCUGGGUGUGGAUGUGAAGAGAGGAGUGCAGGCAGUGAAGCACGCCAGUCUGAGGAGUGUAAAGUACUGAAACUAACACACACUGUCAUAAAGGGCCGGAUGUUCACUGCCAAACCAUCCUUCACCCAAAUACAUCUGGGAGACAGAACGAGACGAGACGCACAUGAGAGGAGAGAUGACGGGAAGAAAAUGGGAGGCGGUGAAUGAGAAUGGACCACAACUCCACCAACAUAUAUACACACACACACAAAAAAAAAAUUACCAAGGAACAGCACUUGAGAAAAGGGAGGAGAAAACUAAGGAGAUCUACCUGUACUUUUGUAACAUUUUUAACAACGAUGAUUAAAAGAGGACAACUUAGCUUAGAGCAUGAUCUUUUUUUUUUGUAUAAAAGUUCAUGAAAAGAACAAAGGAAAAAAAAAACAAAAUAACAAAAAGUGCUUCCUGUCAACUGUAAACGCAUGAUUGACUGCUGGUGCAUGACCUAUGACCUUUGAGCUGUCAUUAUCUAUCAACUAAAAACUGGACGAGGAAAAGGGCCGUCGCAGGAUCGAAGGAGAAUUUUCGGAUUUGGAACAACCAAGCCAAAUUCCAAAAAAAAAAAAAAGGAAAACAACAGUUUGACAACACAACACGGCGUAAAGUUUACGCUGAACCCAUCAGUGCUUCAUCUCCACAGGCCCUUUAUCCUGUUCUUCUAUGUGAUAUAUGCACUCUAUGCUAUGCGAACGUUGUCGUGUGUGUGUGUGUGUGCGUGUGCGAGUGUGUGUCCGUAUAUAAUGCAUGUGUACUGGCUUCCGGCUGCUGAAUGUUGUUUUUUCUGCUGUGACAUUUUUUUCUUCAAUGUGUGAAGGAGAUUAAGAACAAACCUGCUGUGCUCUGCUGUGUGUGUGUGUGUGUGUGUGUGUGUGUGCGUGUGUGUGUGUGUGUGCGAGCGCUUGUGUGCGUGUGUUUGUGGACUUUCGUUCUUCGUUGUAAAAUGUGUUUGUGUUUCCUUAAACAGUCCUCCACAUUCUUGUCACUUCCGGGAGGAGUCAGAGGAUCCCCCCCACUUCGUAAUUUCAAGAAAUCGGGUUCUCCAGCUGGAGGUUGUGUUGUUUUACUUUUUUGUCAGUCUCUGUGUACCGGCACAACACCCCAGUGUCCCUACUAAUAGAGACAUGCUGUAUGUGUGCUCAGUUCUAUAGAGGAGGUAAAAAUGGCGUAUUCAGAGAAACAGAGAAACAUUCCAGCCAAAACUCCUUUAUAAUUGGUGUAAGCAAAGUGCUCCGAAAGCUGGAGGGAAAGUAAUUGCUAAUCAACUUUAAUUGCCACUCUUUUGCUACUCAUUAGACAAUGGUUGGGAGGUGUAUAUAUUGAUAUAGUUGCUAUUAUAUUGGCUUUAUAAUUCUUCAUUCAGACUGGUCAGAAGGUGUUGAUUAAUAACAGCAGCUAUGACACUAGUGUGGCUUCAAAUCACAGGUUCAUAUUAAUGUGUUCCUUCCAAUAAGUUGUUGUUUCUCUGGUAACAGGGUUGUGCAUGUGGACGUACUACAGAAAUGUGUAGUCAUUGAUAGUGUGUAAGGAGUGGAAGGUUUAUGCUGUAACUGUGAGAGGAAUAAAAAAACACUUGAAGGUAUGCUGUAUAGAAAAAUAAUCAGGCUGCAUUAUAUCAAGCUAUAUCAGCUAUCAGUAUUAAAACCCCAUGGAGGGAAUGCUGUCAAAUAUCAAUAGCUUUCACCUCUUAUAGCUGCAGAAGCACUUUGUUUGCAAAUAUAAUAUAGGACCUUUGACUGAAACAUUGUCUCUGAAAAAAUCUCUCUCUCUCUCUCUCUCUCUCUCUCUCUCUCUCUCUCUCUCUCUCUCUCACGUGCUUCCCAUUUCUUAAAUUGUGUGCUUCCUCGUUACCUUUCCUUGCUUCCCUUCCUGAUGUUUUGGCAUCUUCCUCUAAGGACCCAAGGAAAGGAUGGAUGAAAAGGAAACAUGGGCAGGGGAAAUCUGUAGCAAAAGGAGUUGACUAGUAAGACGGUGUUGUUCACCGAAGCCUCAGUAAAGUGAUGUAUUUCUGCACAGACAUAUAACACUAUGUUCACACUGGCAAAUGACAAAUGGCUUGUGUCGGUUGUAGUUUGUCUCUUGUGGGUGAUGUUUGUGAAGUUCCUGUGGGAAACUGUAGUAACUGUAACUUCUGCUCAACUAGUAAAGCAUAAAUUAAGUAACGGCCUGCUAGGUGUGAAUGGACUUGUUAUGUCCUUAAGGAGUGGCUGUAUAUGACAAGAUAAGAGAAUAACCGAUUUUAAGUUAAAGUAUGAACUGAAUUUGAAGCAUUGGUCCAUAGGAUACAUCUGAGAGUCAUUUGCGCUCAAUGUUCAUAUUUGUCGCUUAGCUAAUUUGCAUAGAAUUGAGAAAAUCACAAAUUGCUUGUUGCUUGGUUUUUUGCGGCUUCAUAUGGUACACAUGGAGAGAAGAUGAAUUUUUGCCUGUCUCUUUGUCACGUUAGUGUGAACAUACAGCAAUGUUACCCAUCGCUGACUCAAACGGACUUCCAUACACAUACCAAACAAGAACUGAAACACUGCACAUAUGCAUGCUUGAAGAUCGCUCAAAUCUUUUAGCCUAUACAUAUUAUUAUACUUUACUCCUUACUUCCUCUUGUUACUUCUUGUUUCUGUAUCGUUUAUUAGACCAGCUUUUAUACUCGAUACUGGAAGCCUCUCUCCUUGUCAGAGUUGUUUAAAGAAUUGAUCCAUCCUUAAAGAUGGACUGUAGAACUGACUGAGCAAGGAGGCAUCGAUUACAACACUGGGAAGCAGCCUCUCUUUAUCUCCUCUAUUUUCUAUUCUAUGUGCACCUGUAGCUCCGCCUCUUUGAAAGCCCCACCCACUCCAGAUUCUGGUGACUGAUGUAGCACAUCAUGCUGCUGUCCUGUACAUGUGCAUUCUCCAUUUUCAGGGCGUUUGGUCCAAUUUGCCCCCUUACUGAUUACACUGCUGGUGUGACAAAUCUCACACAGAAUGGCAUUUAAAUAUAUUUUCAAAUGAAACGUUUUAUCCUUCUAGGUGUACAGUAAAGCACAGACAGAUAAAAAAUCUAUACAGACAGCACUGUGAUCGUCAAAUUGACCCCUGAACUGUGACAACUGUCUGUCCUCCAUUGAUUUUAUAUAUCACACACACACACACACACACACACCUUUUACUUUACAGUAAAUAUCCAACACUGACUUCUAUACGCAUCCUUAAUCAUCUUGCACAAAUUCCCAAUCAGACUGAAACUCUUUAUGCUUCAACUACCAAAGCAAUAAUAUCAAAUAAUAUCAAUAUCAUGGUGAUGGUUUGGCAUUUGUGUGUGUGUGUGUGUGUGUGUGUGUGUGUUCAGUGUUACCCUAGUAGCAUUUCUAUUCAACUCUAUUGAUAUAAUACGAGUAUAUACGUUACAUAUGAGUAUAAAUAGACGUAAUGAGUAUUAAAGUUGCACCGUGUGCAAGAGUGUGACGUUCAAACCAACUCAUGUUUGUGGAAAUGAACUGCUGGGGCUCUUUCUGAAAGCUGCAAGACGCUCGCUGGAUGUCUGACAGACUCACUUCAAAUGUAGCACACAAUCUUCUAUGUAAUUUAUGUUCUAAAAAGAAAAAGAGGUUUGAAAAUAUCUCUAUAUUUAUGACUCUUUGGCAUGAAUGAUUAGAAGAACGAAUGAAUGAUUAUAUUGAUGCAAAGUAAAUAACCAGUAAAUAUGUCAGUAAUGAAAAAGCAGUGAUUGUAUAUUUAUUAAUGAUUUCUCUGUGGAUGAGUGAAACCCGUAUUCUCUAUACCCAUCACCUCCGUUUUCUCCGAUCAUACUGACUCUUUAAAACUUCACUCAGGUUUUGUGUUUUUACCAGAGAUUUUUUCUUCCACAUCCCUCAGUCAGUUCGCUCCCUAAAACUCCUCGAACCUACAGAACUGAACUUUAAAGUAGCAGUCCGGUGAUAAAUCAAUCCCAUUUUCCCCUCACUCCAAAAGUAGUCAAGACAUUUAUUGUGUCCGACAAGUUUUGAGGUUAAUAUAGCUAACAUGUAAUGAACGUUAAAUAUCAGUUACAUCCGGUUCUUCGGUGAUGCCACACAGAUGUGGUUUGGGUCACAGUGGGACUUUAUGCACUGUUAACGGUUCUUCAGUUUGUGCUUUUGCAUAUGUAGUCAGUUUAAUCGGAACCCAUGGAAGAACACGGCAUGGUGAGCUCUGAGAGCGUUUGAGCAAGGUGUUCAUGGGUCACUUCCUGGUGGACAGUGCUAGUUCAGGCAUUGUGCUAUUGGUCAGAAGGUUAGGAGAUCAAAUUGGAGCAGCAGUGCAACAGAUCAGUUGUAGUCUGUGGCUUUAGAUAAAAGCAGGAGGUAACUGUAAGUGAAUGUUAGGAUGGUUUUGAUUUCAGUGAGAAAGAGAUUUGUUUCUGAAUAGAUAAUUAAAUACAUAACUGGUGUAAAACAGCAUGUUCAGGAACCUUUCUAUUUUUCGACAUUUGGCAGAUGCCCUUAUCCUGAGAAACAUAUAAAGCAGCAGUGAAGAAGUUUUGCUGUGUUUACACUAGAUAUGUACUUAAUCAUCUGGUUUUCUGACCAUGGGCACAUGAUCAAGGUGGUGUUUUUUCUUAUAUUUUUCCAGUAUAGGUGUUAAUGUAAGAAAGAAAGUAUACUGCAUUCAUCUUACCUCAGAAACAGGAACUGCAUUUAUAUUAAAAGUGGGGAAAUAACAUGGCCCCGUCCAUGUUCAUCUUUUGUUAGCAACAAGCUAGCGGGUUCCCUGUGGUGAGUGAUGUAUAUUUACCUCAAGACAGUGAGCUGUAUAGUCAGUCUUACAGGUUUAACAAUUGAAUCUGUCUGUCUGUUGCUUUAUCUACAGCAAGUGCUUGUAUACACAGCAGAACGCAUUUAAAGAAGCACUACUUUAUUUACUGUUGAUGCUGUGUGUAAGCAUGUUGUUCUGGGAUCUCUUAUGGCCCUGGGGUGGAGGAGACCAUCCUGAGUUAAGCAGGCAUUUUCUUUCUUUUAACCAGGUUGAGAAAAUCUAGUCAAAGGUUUAGUUGACCAUCUUGGAGUUUUUCCUUAGUGCAAUUUAUCUUUGUGCUUCCUAAGCCCUAAGUCCAGUUUAUAUUUAAACUUGUAAAUAUUAAAUAUUUAAUUUUGGCAUUUUACAUAAUUCAUUUUGUAUAUUUAGAUGAUCAAUCUUCAAAAAAAGGAUCAAUUACUUGUUAGCUACGUUAUACUCAUUGGACACCGAGCAAGUCUUAUCUAAUAAACUGCAUUUGGAUUAAAGGGGAAAGAUUGUGUAAAUUUGGUGUUGUGUCAAAGAGAGUAAAUAUUUACUUUGUUCAUUUUCAGGGAAUUCAAAUUGUACCUGAGCUUCAUUUUCUGGCGGAGUUCAGUGGUCAUUCUGAUAGUACGACCGUCUACAGAUGUUUGGGGACAUUGGGAUGUGAGGUGAUGGGCAGCAACUGUGUUAUAUAAUAACAGGAGAUCCGUAAUGUUCAGACUUGCUCUUAGCUGAAAGGCCACUGAAGUGUGAGGGAAGGUGGGGGGACACUGAAGACACUGUGUCCUUUUUUUAAAAAAAAAAGGACACCCACUAAAUAAAUGCGCAAGGACGUUACCAUUACAGUGUAUUAUGACGUUUAUGUACAAUGUUACUGUUGAAACCCUAGAAUUCACCUGUACUCCUUUAGAGUGGAUUAAUGACAAUAUUAACGCAAUAUCAUAUUACUCUGUACUAAGGAAUGCAACUGCGCACAUGCACAGAAAAUAUGUUUUUAAAUAAAUAAUAUAUGUACAAAUAUAUGACAAGAAAUCUAAUUCUAUAUAUUGAUUAGAAUGCUAUGCACCCUUAUUAGAGUUGUUAUGGAUGUAUUUUAAGCAUAUUAGCUAGAACAAGAACAUGCCCAUACAAGAACAUGGGGAAUGUAGAGGCUUUGUAGCUUUGAACUUUUUCUUUUCUUUUUUUUUAUUGUUAUGGAGAGGUAAAAAAAAAAAAAUCUGAAUAUGUAUACAAGCCUUUUACUCAGAGUCACUCUGACAUACGGAUAUGUAUAGUUCAUUUAUCCUGCACACCAGCUCAGACCAUUUACAGAAAUUAAUAAAGAAACAUGUGACAUACUGGAUGUAGUCGAGUGUUGUGU